AUGGAGCAAUGUUGGCAAUCACUCGGAAACUUACAUGCAGCUUCUGACAUGAUUUCUAAAUCGACAGAAAAGAUGGCACUGCACAUAAGGGUGGACAAACUAAGAAAGGACGGGCAAACUGAACGUGUGGAAGUGGAUGGCCAUGACAAUCCAUUCUUGCGGUCGGGCACUAAAGUGGUUGAUGGGUACUCUCGAAUGCUUGUUACAGCAGUUGGAAAAAACAAAAUGAGCCAAAAAAUUCAUCUUCAUGGGGAACUCUUAAAUCAGUUCGAAAAACUAACCUCAGUAAUGGGUAAGUUUGGUCACGCAGUGGCUUUGCUGAUUCUCUUGGUUAUGUUUUCUCGCCUGUUUUCCGGGAAAAUUUUCAAUGACAAAGGAAAGAAAGUAAUUAUUGGUGGGGAGGGAAUGAUUGUUGAUGUAUUGGUAGCUUUAGUGGGAAUUGUAGCUACUCCAGCCAUGAUUGCAGCAACCUCAGCUCCAGAAGGUCUGUUGUUGGCUGUAAAAAUGGCUCUUGCUUAUUCAAUGAAGAAAAUGUUGAAUGACAAUGUUGUAUUGAGGAAACCUUCACUGUGUGAUGCAAUUGGAUCUGUGACCACCAUAUGCACCAACAUGACUGGCAGCCUAACAACCGAUUACAAGGAGGUGGACAAACUAAGAAAGGACGGGCAAACUGAACGUGUGGAAGUGGAUGGCCAUGACAAUCCAUUCUUGCGGUCGGGCACUAAAGUGGUUGAUGGGUACUCUCGAAUGCUUGUUACAGCAGUUGGAAAAAACAAAAUGAGCCAAAAAAUUCAUCUUCAUGGGGAACUCUUAAAUCAGUUCGAAAAACUAACCUCAGUAAUGGGUAAGUUUGGUCACGCAGUGGCUUUGCUGAUUCUCUUGGUUAUGUUUUCUCGCCUGUUUUCCGGGAAAAUUUUCAAUGACAAAGGAAAGAAAGUAAUUAUUGGUGGGGAGGGAAUGAUUGUUGAUGUAUUGGUAGCUUUAGUGGGAAUUGUAGCUACUCCAGCCAUGAUUGCAGCAACCUCAGCUCCAGAAGGUCUGUUGUUGGCUGUAAAAAUGGCUCUUGCUUAUUCAAUGAAGAAAAUGUUGAAUGACAAUGUUGUAUUGAGGAAACCUUCACUGUGUGAUGCAAUUGGAUCUGUGACCACCAUAUGCACCAACAUGACUGGCAGCCUAACAACCGAUUACAAGGAGGUAAAUAAGUUUUGGCUAGGUUUAAGCUCCAUAGAAGAAGUUCCUUCCAAUUUGAUUGCACCAACUGUUCUUGAAUUGCUUCAUCAAGGAAUUGGUUUAAAUACAACUCAGCCCCCUUCAAGGUCUCUGUUCAAAUCUCCCCAGAAUCCCACUGAAAAAGCAAUCUUUGAUUGGGCCAUUCGGCAAAUGGGAAUGGACAUAGAAUCACUGAAAAGAAGCUGUACCAUUCUUGAAAUUGAACCCUUUAGCUCAGAGAACAGACAGAGCGGGGUUUUGAUCAGCAAGAAUGGCGACAACACGAUUCAUGUGCACCGGAAAGGAGCUCCUGAGGUGAUAAUACCCUUGUGCUCUCACUAUUAUGAAACCACUGGAACUGUCAAAGUCAUUAACAAAAGUGCAAGGGUGUUGCUGGAUCAGAUACUUGAAGGCAUGGCAGAGAAUGGCCUCCGGUGCAUUGCUUUUGCGCAUAGAAAAACAUCAAUACGAGAUUAUUUUACCUUUUCCCGUCAACAGCUGAUCCUAUUAGGCCUUGUUGGUCUAAAAAAUUCGCGUAGAUAUGGAGUUACAGAGGUUGUGGAAGAUUGCCAACGUGCUGGAGUGAACUUUAGGAUGAUCACAGGAAACAACAUUUUAACAGCCAGAGCUAUAGCCACUAAAUGUGGUAUAAUAGAUGCCAAUGAUCAGUUUGGAGAAGUUGUAGAAGGUGUGGAAUUUCGGAACUAUACUCAGGAGGAGAGAAUGGAGAGAGUUCAGAAUAUUCGUGUGAUGGCGAGAGCCACCCCCCUUGAUAAAUUUCUUAUGGUGCAAUGCUUGAAACAGAAAGGCCACGUUGUUGCAGUAAUUGGGUGUGGCAUCGGAGAUGUGCAAGCGUUGAGGGAAGCCAACGUAGGACUGUGCCUUGGUACUCAAGGUGCUGAUGUAGCCAAGGCCUGCUCGGAUAUUGUCAUCCAGGACAAAAAUCUGGCUUCUGUAAUCAGUAUUUUAAGGUGGGGGAGAGGCAUUUUUGAGAGUGUUCAGAUAUACACUCAGUUCCUGCUCACUGCUAGUUUUGUUGCUCUGGUGACCGACUUUGUGAUGGCAAUUUCAAUCGGUGAACCCCCGAAUAUCGAUGCCGUGGCACUAGUAUCAGCUGGUAAAGUCCCAUAUCCAGUUCUUCAACUUCUGUGGGCGAAGCUGGUAAUGGGCACAUUGGCUGCUCUGGCUCUGAUUAUGAAGCAGCCUACCGAAGAGCUUAUGCAGAGGCCACCUCAGGGAAGGAAUGAACCUCUAAUGACCAACAUCAUGCUGAGGAACAUUAAGGUUCAAGCUUUAUAUCAGACAACCAUUCUGCUAACCAUACAUUUCAAGGGAAAAUCAAUCUUCAAUGUCGAUCCAAAUGCAAAAGGCACAUUGAUCCUUAAUACUUAUGUUCUCUGCCAGGUCUUCACCAUAUUCAAUUUUGAGAAGAAUAUAUUUCAGGAUAUAAGAAAGAGAAAACUGUUUUGGGGGAUCAUUGGAAUAAUCCUUACUCUUCAAGUGCUGAUGGUGGAAGUUCUAAAGAGGUUUGCAGACACUGCAAGGCUGGAUUGGGGGCAAUGGGGCACAAGUAUUGCAAUUGCUGCUAUUUCUUUGCCAAUAAGUUGGAUUGUGAAGUGCAUAUCUUCUCUAGAGAAGCCAUUUUUCAGCAGACCCAAUUGGCCAAAAUCGAAGUAUAAAGUCGAAUGAUUGGAUGAUGUAAAAUUUGAUUAUUAGAACCUUACGUUUCUUUGUACUUAUUGUUCGUUUUAUAUUUCUUGGCUCUUUUGUUUUACUGAACUUUAGUUUUUAUCUUGUAG